GUCAAAAGCGAUAAAAAGGGGAACUAUCAAUGCAAAAUAGCAUUUCAAAGCAAAAUGAUGGAAAGGAUGCUUCUCAUUUGUCUAAACGGAAGCGGCGAAGGAAAAAAACUAAAUCCCUUUAUGAUCAAUAUUUUGAAGACUCUGCCAAGAAACAUCUUUCAACCAGCUGCUCUGACUCAGACGAAGUAAAUUCUGAAAUAGAUUGGGAUUUUACUGUGGGAAUGGACAUAAACAUCCUUUUACAACAGACAAUCCAAAACUCUAUUCGAAGUGUUUGUCUCGAAGAUUAUGAUGGUUUAUCAUCGUUUGGUGAUCACGAGCUUAUUUGCUUUGCCGCCUCGAUCAAAAAUAAUACCUCAAUUGUUUCGCUUCAGAUACGAUAUUUGAAUGUUAGUGAUGUUUCACUUGUAUCUUUGUGUAAUGCACUACUAAACCACCCUAGCCUUAGAGCACUUGACUUAUCAGGAACUCGUGGUGGUGAGGCAACUAGUUCUGCACUAUGCAAUCUUGUAUGCACAAAUUCUUCAAUCAUUUUUGUUCGAGUGGAUGACACAAUUGUCAAUCCAAAAGAUAAUGAGAUAAUCCAAAUGGCAACUCAAUAUAACGCGAUGAUCUGUGCAGAUCCCAAUAGCAAUCCAUUUCAGUUGGGUCUUUUACAUAAAAUAAGUUUUAUUGAAGAAAAAGUGCAGGAAUACAAUCAACAAUUGAAUGCGAGACCGUGGCUCUUGCCCGAGGAUGGUGUAAAAAAAAAUAUCAGCGAUAAGUCAAGCUUGAAUUCUAAAAAAAGAGUUAAAUUAUUAACUGGUAGAGGCAUGCAAUUUGGCGCAGAAGUCUGCACUCAGUUUAUUAAUGGUUAUUGUGCUUAUAGUUCUCGUUGCAAGUAUUUUCAUCCAGAGAAAACAAGCGCUUUAAAAAACACAACUACAAUUAAUCAAAAUCAGAGUCUCAUUCCUGAUAGUCAUCCUUCUAAUUCUUCAAUUGUAUUAACUACAUCUUCCCGACAUCAAUCUUUGCAAAAUCGUUUAAAACCACCAUCUUUUACCUUGAAUCAUGAUUCUGGUAGCAGUCGCAUAAAGAAUAAUAAAUUACCUAGUCACAAUAAUACCAAAAAAAAGGAAUCUACUGUGUUCACACCUGCAUUUUUUUUGCUAUGGACGUCAUGUUUAUCAGCUACGAUUUGCAGUAUAAAAUGUUUUUCUCUUUAUCUUUGGAAAGAUAAAUAA